CAGAGGAAUGAACCUUUUGAUGUGGGUGUGGGCGGCAGGCCAGCUUAGGAGCUCCUGUCAGGAGCCAUGUUGCUGAUCUGGCCCUUUCCCACUCUUUCCCUGGCCCUUCCUGGAGCCCUCCCCUGGCCGGGCCCCUCCCAAAAGCCUGUCUCUGUAGCCAAAGGUGAAGGCAGGGACUGUCACAAUGGGGUUAACCCAUGUGAGGGGCCAUGUUCAACUAGGUAAAAGAGCAGGUGGGUGGGCAGGGUGAGCCUGUGGAUGAGUCUGUGCAUGUGUCCUUAUGUAUGUGGGAGUCCCUGCGAGCGCGGGAGAGUUGACACAGGGCGCGGAAGCCUGCGGUUCCAGCUGGGCAUCAGUCAGCGCCGGCCGGCCCGGACACCAUGGGUUCCAUCUCCAGGAAGGACCUGAAGGCGGCACUGGAGGUCUUCGCCAUUUUCCAGUGGGCUCUGAGUGCCCUGCUCAUUGUUUUAUUUGUGAUCUUUUUCCACCUGUACCUGGUGGUAUUCACGCCCUACUGGCAGCUGACCGUACUCACGAUUAUGUGGCUGAUUUUUGACUGGAAGACUCCUCAGCGAGGUGGCCGGAGGUCAAAGUGGGUGAGGGGCUGGCGCCUCUGGAAACAGUACAGAGAUUACUUUCCACUCAAGCUGGUGAAGACUCACGACCUAUCCCCCAGAUACAAUUACAUCAUUGCCAGCCACCCGCACGGGCUCUUGGCCCACAACUGCUUCUGCCACUUUGCCACCGAGGCCUCCGGCUUCUCCCGGAUCUUCCCCGGCAUCACCCCGUACGUGCUCACCUUGGGAGCCUUCUUCUGGGUGCCCAUCCUCAGGGAAUACGUGAUGUCUAGCGGAGCAUGCUCUGUGGCCCAGGCCUCCAUGGACUACCUGCUGAGUGGCAAAGGCUCGGGCAACGCUGUGGUGGUGGUGGUGGGCGGCCUGGCCGAGUGCCCUUACGCCAGGCCGGGCUUCUCCACGCUGGUCCUGAAGGAGCGGAAGGGCUUUGUGCGCGUGGCCCUCCGGCACGGGGUGGCCCUGGUCCCCACCUACUCCUUUGGAGAAAACGAAGUCUACGAUCAGCACAUCUUCACCCCCGGAGGCUGGAUCAACCGCUUCCAGAAGUGGAUCCAGAGACUGGUGCACAUCUACCCUUGUGCCUUCUAUGGCCGGGGCUUCACCGAGAACUCCUGGGGCCUUCUGCCUUACCGGAAGCCCGUCACCACCAUCGUCGGGGAGCCCCUACAGAUCCCCAAGAUCGAGAACCCGAGCCAGGACGUGGUGGACGAAUACCACGCCCGGUACAUCAAGGCCCUGCGGAAGCUGUUUGAGGAGUACAAGGUCCAGUACGGGUUCCCGGAGACCCAGGAGCUGACCAUCAUCUGAAAGCCACCCGCCUGCCAGCCCCCGGAGUAGGAGGGAGAUGUGGAGGCAGCAGGCGAGGACAUGCGUGGAGGGGAGCUGUGGGAGGACUUGGGGGACCCGGAGACUCGGGGAGGGGCCAGACAGGGGCCGAGAGAGCCACGUGACCGUUUCCGUUCCUCACGCCUGACUCCUGAAGCUCCAACCUCGGGCUUCCGGAGGCAGGGAAGACGUGCGGGGCCAGGCAAGGCACGGGCGGCUCACGAUUUCUCGUAUGAGGGUGGCAAACUCCUCCCCGGAGCCCAGCAGACCACUGGACAGCCAAUAAAAAAUGCCAACUGACAUGCAGUUCCAUAAGUAUUUAUUAAGUGCCAAAUACAUGCCGGGGGCUGGGGGGGGGGGGAGAUACAAAGGUUCCCGGAGACACGGGGCCUGCCCUCGCGGAGCUUCCAGUCUGGUAGGGGGAGAGGACACGCACACAGACAACUACCGCAUGCAAGAGAACGGAUACAGGUGCAUACGAGACAUAAAGUGCGACGCGAUCAGUGGAAGGAAAGAUCAUGUCUUGAUGGGGGGGGGGGCAGAGGAGGCUUCCUGGAAGAGGCAGCCUUUGAGUGGGGCCUUGAAAGACAUCACCAGAAGGAACCCUUACGGGAGAACACUGCUGGCAGGGGGAAUGGUAGCCACAGGGGUCCCCAAGCCAAAAUAAAGGCAACUGUCUAGGGAUGUCGAGGCAAAUGCGUGAGAGGGGAGACGGUGCAAGCUGGAACUGGCCAAGACUAUCGAAGCCUCGAA